AUGUCAUUUAUGGAGGAAGUUUCUGAUGUAAGUGAGUCUAGUAAUUACGACGAAUGGAUACCUGCUUUUUGUUCAAGGUUUGGUCAUGAGUUCUUUUGUCAAGUACCAACGGAGUUUAUCGAAGACGAUUUUAAUUUAACGGGACUAUCGCCAAAUUUUCCUCUUUAUCGACCAGCUUUGGAUCUAAUUAUGGGCUACGAGCCAGCUUCAUAUGAAGAGGAUGAAAUUUUAGAGGUUGAUGUUACUGGUAAUGGCGUAAGCAGUAAUGAUGGCGACCUUAACCGCAGUAAUGGUAAUGGGGUUGUUAAGCGUAGUCCUGGUGGCGAAAGUAGGGAACGGCAAUCGGUGGAUAAAUCUAUGGUUGAGCAUUCAGCAGAGCAGCUAUAUGGUUUAAUCCAUGCUCGGUACAUUUUGACAAAGCAGGGCCUUCAAGCGAUGGCUGAAAAGUUUGAUCACAAGGAAUUUGGGACUUGUCCUAGAUAUUACUGUGGAGGUAUGCAGUUGCUUCCAUGUGGGCUAAGUGAUACCGUGGGCAAGAACACGGUUCGGUUAUACUGUGCAUCUUGUCAGGACUUAUACUUACCUCAUUCAAGCCGUCACCUGUGUUUGGAGGGGGCCUUCUGGGGAACCAGUUUCCCGGGGGUGUUUUUGAAGCAUUUUAAGGAGCUAGAGGACUAUGUAGAGCAGAAGAACAAAAAUCUCUACCGGUUGAGAAUUUUUGGUUUCCCGGUAGCCAAGGAGUCUGUUUCCGGCCCACGCAUGGAAUGGUUAAGACAGUACCCAUCCACGGAAGAAGAAUGGGACGAAUUUCGGCGGUGUGAGUUUGAAAUUCCUCCAAUAUGA